AUGGCUUCACAAGGAACUCGCGUGUACGUUGGCGGCCUCGUGGAGGGUAUCAAAAAAGAGGAUCUUGAAAGGGAAUUUGAUAAAUAUGGGAAGCUAAACUCAGUGUGGGUGGCGCUUAACCCCCCUGGUUUUGCUUUCAUAGAAUUUGAAAACAUGCAGGAGGCGGAAGAUGCUUGCAGGUCUAUGAAUGGGUUCGAGAUGCUAGGCGCGACUUUGAAGGUUGAGCUUUCGAGGAAGCGGGACGGGCCCCGCAGGAACGGCCCCGGCAACUUUAGACCCCGCGGUCCCCCGCGAGGGCGCUCUUUCGGUGGCCCACCCGGUGGAAAUCGUAACUUCAACUCUUAUGGAGGAUCCCGGUCUUUCGAGCGCGGGAACAGUCAGGGGUUCAGGCAAAAUAACGGUGGUGGUGGGGGUGGCAACUUCAGGUCUAGGUCACCACUUGAUCGGUUUUAA